AUAAUCACCAUUCACCAUUCACCAUCUCCGCAAGAAAUCUCCGUACGUGGUAAUUCCCUUCUCCUCCGUCUCUCUCCUUGAGAAAAGUCUUAUAAGCCCGGCUUCCAACAAAAACAAAACCCGCGAUUUCCUAAUUUUUCCCAAAAUUCUUUCUUCUUCUUCUUCUUCUUCUUCCUCUUCUCUGUAAAUCCAUUUUCCAUUUUCUCUGGAUUUCAGAGCUUCAAUCCCGACCAUCGAAUCAUCAAUCGAUAAAUCGAGAAGAAGAAUAAGACGACGGCGUCGGCGAUGUACGUAAAGGCGGUUCCUACGACGGAUCUGAACCGGAACACGGAGUGGUUCACGUACCCAGGGGUUUGGACGACCUACAUUCUCAUUCUCUUCUUCUCAUGGCUCAUCGUCCUCUCCCUCUUCGGUUGCUCCUCCGGCAUGGCCUGGACCAUCGUCCACCUCGCCCAUUUCCUCGUUACAUACCAGUUCUUUCAUUGGAAAAAAGGAACCCCGUUUGCCGAUGAUCAGGGCAUCUACAAUAGGUUGACUUGGUGGGAACAGAUUGACAACGGCAAGCAACUCACUCGGAACAGAAAGUUUCUCACCGUCGUUCCUGUUGUGCUGUACUUGAUAGCCUCGCACACAACGGAUUAUGAAAACCCAAUGCUCUUCUUCAACACACUGGCAGUUUUCAUAUUGGUGGUCGCAAAGUUCCCAAACAUGCACAAGGUUCGAAUAUUUGGAAUCAAUGCCGAUCAUUGAUCAGUUACGGAGCAAUAUGAGCUUGGAUCACUCUAGUUUCUUGGUCUAAUCAUGUUGGCUUCCCAAUUUGAUGGUGAACAAAAUUCCCCUUUAGAGAUGUUGAGACUUGGAAGGUGUUUCUCACAAUUAAUGAAGCCAUAUUUUUUAGUAGUAGCUGUAACUGUAAGUGACAUAACUUGGAGGGGCAAUAUUCCAUUGUAUCGGACGAGCUAAUAUCGGUGAAUUUCGUUACUCAUUCAUUGUCAUCAAUUUUUUGGUAAAAAAAAAAAAA